UUUUUCAAUUCUCUUUUUCGAAAGAUCAAAAGCUUUGUCCUGGAUUUGGCUCCAUAUACUUCCUGCUUCAUGAUUAGUUUGAUUAUGAAUUGAGUUUGUUUGAUGAAUACAAAUUACACGGCAUUUCUGUUGUUGCAGGUGAAGCUGUGACCCACCUUCACACUUCCCCAAUAUUCACAGAUUCAUCCAACUCGUGUCCACAAAGAGGACGCUGACUUCAUCAGAGAUGGAGAAAGUCAAGAAGGACAUCUUCAAAAUUCUAAAGGAUCUCAAGGAGGAGGACUUUGAAGUAUUCAAGUGGCACCUGGAGAACGAUCCAAGCCCGGAACACCUCGGAUCAAUCCCACGCAGUGACCUGGAGAACAAAAACAGGGAGAACACGGUGGACCUGAUGGUGCAGUACUACGGCAAAGACUCUGUUCAGGUGGCCGUGGAGGUUUUGAAAGAGAUUCAAAGGAACGAUCUGGCCGAAAAAUUAUCCAAAAUGAACUUUAACCCUACGGGCGAACCGAAUCCUGUGGGAGGAGAUGGAGGUCAAGGCACCAGCAAAACAGACAACAUGGACCCAGGAAGUAUGCCAUGUUUAAUCAACUCAGAAAAGCACAAAGCAAAGAUUAUCACCAACUGUCAACGUGAACUCAAAUCCAACCUGAAGAAGAAGUUCCAGCGUGUGUUUGAGGGGAUCGCUAAAGCAGGAAAGACAACCCUUCUGAAUGAGAUCUACACAGAGCUCUACAUCACAGAGGGAGGGACUGCAGAGGUCAAUGAAGAACAUGAGGUCAGACAGAUUGAAAAAGCAUCCUGGAAACCAGACAGACCAGAAACAACCAUCAGACUAGAAGACCUCCUCAAAGCCUCAGCUGGAGGAGAGGAACCAAUCAGAACCGUGAUGACUAAGGGAGUGGCUGGCAUUGGGAAAACAGUCUUAACACAGAAGUUCACUCUGGACUGGGCUGAAGACAAAGACCACAAGGACAUACAGUUCACAUUUCCAUUCACCUUCAGAGAGCUGAAUGUGCAGAGAGAGAAGAAGUUCAGCUUGGUGGGACUUGUUCAUCACUUCUUCAGUGAAACCAAAGCAGCAGGAAUCUGCAGGUUUGAAGAGUUCCAGGUAAUGAUCAUCUUUGACGGUCUGGAUGAGUGUCGACUUCCUCUGGACUUCCUCAACAAUGACGACCUGACUGAUGUCACCAGUCGGCCCCAGUGGAUGUGCCUCCUCACAAACCUCAUCAGUGGGAAGCUGCUUCCUUCUGCUGCCCUCUGGAUACCCACACGACCUGCUGCAGCCAAUCAGAUCCCUCCUGAGUGUGUCGGCAUGGGUGACAGAGGUCAGAGGGUUCCACUGACCCCCCAGAAAGAGGAAGUACUUCAGGAAGAGGUUUCAGAGAUGAGGAGCAGGCCCAGCAGGAUCAUCUCACACAUCAAGACCUCACAAAGCAUCCACAUCAUGUGCCACAUACCAGUCUUCUGCUGGAUCACUGCUGGAGUUCUGGCGAAUGUGUUGAAGACCAGAGAGGGAGGAGAGCUGCCCAAGACCCUGACUGAGAUGUACAUUCACUUCCUGGUGGUUCAGUCCAAAUUGAAGAAGGUCAAGUACGAUGGAGGAACUGAGACGGAUCCACACUGGAGUCCAGAGAGCAGGAAGAUGAUCGAGUCUCUGGGAAAACUGGCCUUUGAUCAGCUGCAGAAAGGCAAGCUGAUCUUCUAUAAAUCCGACCUGACAGAGUGUGGCAUCGAUAUCACAGAAGCCUCAGUGUACUCAGGAGUGUUCACUCAGAUCUUCAGAGAGGAGAGAGGACUGUACCAGUACAAGGUGUUCUGCUUCGUCCAUCUGAGUGUUCAAGAGUUUCUGGCUGCUCUUCAUGUCCAUCUGACCUUCUACAGCUCUGGUGUCAAUCUGCUGUCAGAAGAACAAACCUCCCACCAGUCUAAACGCUCUAAACCCAAUCCUGAACCACAGCAUCUCUACCAGAGUGCUGUGGACGAGGCCUUAAAGAGUCCUAAUGGACACCUGGACUUGUUCCUCCGCUUCUUCCUGGGUCUUUCCCUGGAGACCAAUCAGACUCUUCUACGAGGUCUGCUGACAAAGACAGGAAGUAGAUCACAGACUAAUCAGGAGACAGUUCAGUACAUCAAGGAGAAGAUCAGUGAAGAUGUGUCUCCAGAGAAAAGCAUCAAUCUGUUCCACUGUCUGAAUGAACUGAAUGAUGUUUCUCUAGUGGAGGAGAUCCAACGGUCCCUUAGAUCAGGACGUCUCUCCUCAGGUGAACUGUCUCCUGCUCAGUGGUCAGCUCUGGUCUUCAUCUUACUGUCAUCACAAGAAGAUCUGGAGGUGUUUGACCUGAAGAAAUACUCUGCUUCAGAGGAGGCUCUUCUGAGGCUGCUGCCAGUGGUCAAAGCCUCCAACAAA